AAAAAAAAAUAAAAAAAAAAAAAAAGAAAUUUCCAACAAAAAUAAAAACACAACACGUAGUUGUAUACAGGAAAGUCGAAUUUGGAAAAUUAAUCAAAAUUAUAACUAUUUUCUAUAAACGACAGACAGACCAUUUUUGAAAAUGUUAUAAAGAUAUAAAUUAAACUGUCAUUCCCCUUUUUCCCUAAUCAAUUUAAAUUGAAUUGAACAAUUUAUCAAUUUCUUCUUCUUUGUUUAAGAUUUUGUUAUAUCAACUUUUUUGGUUGUUUUCCCUUUUUCAUUUCACUUUAUUUUGUGUUCAUCAUCAUCAUCAUCAUCAUCAUCGUUGAUUGAUUGUUUCUCAUUAAACUUAAAUUAUUCCUUAGACUAAAUCACAAAUAUACAUAUCAUCAUCAUCAUCAUCAUCAUACUAUAAUGUCAUCUAUUCUUAAACAAAGAGUUAGAUACGCUCCAUACUUACAAAAAUUAAGAACUCCAGAACAAUGUGUGGAACUCUUUAAACACGGUCAAUAUUUAGGUUGGUCAGGUUUUACGGGGGUUGGUGCUCCAAAGGUUAUUCCAACCGCUUUAGCUGAUCAUGUUGAAAAAAACAAUUUACAAGGUAAAUUUGGUUUUAAUUUAUUCGUUGGUGCCUCUGCUGGUCCAGAAGAAAGUAGAUGGGCUGAAAAUUCCAUGAUUUUAAGAAGAUCUCCUCAUCAAGUUGGUAAACCAAUUGCUGCCGCCAUUAAUGAUGGUAGAACUCAAUUUUUUGAUAAACAUUUAUCAAUGUUUCCUCAAGAUUUAACUUAUGGUUUCUAUACUAUGAAUAAACCUGAUAAUUCUAAUUUAGAUUAUACUAUUAUUGAAGCUACUGCUAUUACUGAAGAUGGUUCUAUUAUUCCAGGUCCUGCAGUUGGUGCUUCACCUGAAAUGUUAUCAGUUUCGGAUAAUAUUAUUAUUGAAGUUAAUACUACAACUCCUUCUUUUGAAGGUCUUCAUGAUAUUGAUUUACCAAUCAAUCCACCAUUCAGACCACCAUAUCCUCAUACAUCUGCUGAUUAUAGAGUGGGUAGAACUGCUAUUCCAGUUGAUCCAUCAAAAGUGAUUGCUAUUGUUGAAUCAAAUGUUAGAGAUAAAGUUCCUCCAAAUACUCCAAGUGAUGCUCAAUCUCAAAAUAUUGCUCAACAUUUAAUUGAAUUUUUAGAACAUGAAGUUAAAGUUGGUAGAUUACCAGAAAAUUUACAUCCUUUACAAUCUGGUAUUGGUAAUAUUGCUAAUGCUGUGGUUGAAGGUUUAGCAUCUUCAAACUUUAAAAAUUUAACCGUUUGGACUGAAGUUUUACAAGAUUCAUUCUUAGAUUUCUUUGAAAGUGGUUCAUUAGAUUUUGCAACUGCUACUUCAAUUAGAUUAACUGAAGCUGGUUUUGAUAGAUUUUAUGAAAAUUGGGAUGAAUAUUCUAAAAAAUUAUGUUUAAGAUCUCAAGUUGUAUCUAAUUCUCCUGAAAUUAUAAGAAGAUUAGGUGUUAUUGCCAUGAAUACUCCUGUUGAAGUUGAUAUUUAUGCUCAUGCUAAUUCUACCAAUGUUAUGGGUUCAAGAAUGUUAAAUGGUUUAGGUGGUUCAGCUGAUUUCUUAAGAAAUGCUAAAUUAUCUAUUAUGCAUACUCCUUCUGCUAGACCAUCUAAAGUUGAUCCAACUGGUGUUUCAUGUAUUGUUCCAUUUGCCUCUCAUGUUGAUCAAACUGAACAUGAUUUGGAUGUCAUUGUUACUGAACAAGGUUUAGCUGAUUUAAGAGGAUUAUCACCAAAGGAAAGAGCACUUAAGAUUAUAAAUAAAUGUUCUCAUCCAGAUUAUCGUGAUCAAUUAAAGGAAUACUUUGAUAGAUCUGUAUUCUAUACCACCAAGAAGAAGUCAUUACAUGAACCACAUAUCUUAAGGGAUGUAUUUAAAAUGCAUCUUAAUUUUGAAGAAAAUGGUACUAUGAAAUUAGAUUCUUGGGAUCAAAAAUUCUAAGGAAAUAAUUCCCAUUCCCUUUUUUAAAAUUAUUUAAAACAACCCUAGAUAAAGUAAAGUCAAAACCAUACAUACAUAACUAACUAACGUAAUAGCUUAAUUAAAUAUUUUAAAUAUGUAAAUAUAUAUAUUAUAUUAUAUGAUAACAGAUAGAUAACACACACACAC